AUUUGGCCUCGACUUCCGCAGCGCCGGCUUGGAGUCUGUGCCACUCUCCCAGGACUACCUCACCGGCAAGACCCGUGCAGACCAGGUGUAUGCGGACCGGGGCUGGUACGGCGACGCUUGGACUACAGUUGGCGAGAAGAUCUAUGAGGCAGCGCAGGAGCACCAGUGUGACAUGAUCGUCACCACCUCCAUGGGAAACACCCACUGCCUAGACGUGGCUGAAAAGCUGAAUAUCCUGUGCUUUGCGCUGAAGUUCUGUCCGGACAUCGAUGGGCAGGUUCCGACAGCAGACUUCCCGCCUUCCGGCUAUCCGUCGGGGCCCGGCUUCAUGAACCUCUUGUUCCACAUUGUGGAGAACCUGAACACUGUGAGGGCCGUCUUCCAGGGCGGAUUCAUCCCUCGGGUCAUCGACUUCCGCAACAAACUGGGCCUCCCCUCCCAGGAGAUCCCGGGCGUCAUGGAGGUGCCCACCUACUCCGACUACCGACAAACUCUGCAGGCGAAUCAGCCGAGCCUUUACGCCUUCAGCAGCGCGCUGAUCGACAGGCCCUCGGAGUACCAAAGCUGGCACUUCGUCACCGGAUCCUUUUCUGCCCGCGGUGGAGGGU